AUGGCGAGGAACAAGCACGUGCCGUGUGCCUGCGACGUGUCAGGAGCGUCACAUCUGCAGCUCAAGUCCUCCUCCCCACACCCUUGGGGAUCGGGUGCCCAGGACCUGCACAGCCCCCUCGCCUCAGAGCAGCUGAGGACAGAGGAUGGAGGACAGGGCACGCUGAAAGAGACAGGGCAGGACAAACAGAUGGAUUUCUGUUGGGAUCCUUGGCAGAGGUGCUUCCAGACCACCAACGGCUACCUGUCCGACUCCAGGUCCCGCCCUGGCAACUACAACGUGGCAGCCCUGGCCACCUCGUCCCUUGUGGAUAGGUUCUGGCCGCAACUCUCCUGCCGGUGGAGAAUGCACGGUCCCACCCUAGACCCUGGCUGUGGGAAGGGCAUGGCUGAGUUGCAGGUGGGAGGAUGGCAGCCCUGUUGGAUUCUCCAUGUUCUAAAUGCCAGAGUCCAUGCUGGGUUAUGCGGGUCACGGGGGGACCAGUGGCUCAGGGUUCUGCUUCCACAGUCCCAUCACAUUAGUUCAGGUUCCCUGGAAGCAGAGCCUGACAUGGGCAUGACUGUGCAGGUGAUUCCCUGGGGAAUGGCCCUCAAGAGAAGCCAGCAGGCAGCGGGGGAGGCAGAGGGGCCUGGGGAAGGGGCUCUGCAGGAGUCUAGCUUCACCAAGCUGGUCCCACCACAGCUUGGGAGCAUGAAUAGUACCCCAGAAUUAUGGCACACUAUGGACAGUCACCCAGAUGCCCUCCAUGCCCCAGGGGUGGUGCAGAGCAUCAAGGACCACAUCACAAAGCCCACGGCCAUGGCCCGAGGCCGCGUGGCCCACCUCAUCGAGUGGAAGGGCUGGAGUGCCCAGCGGGCAGGCUGGGAGCUGUCCCCAGCUGAGGACGAGCAUUACUGCUGCCUCCCGGAUGAGCUGCGUGAGGCCCGCUUUGCUGCAGGGGUCGCCGAGCAGUUUGCCAUCACAGAGGCCACACUGAGCGCUUGGUCCUCACUGGACGAAGAGGAGCUGCACCCCGAGAACAGCCCCCAGGGCAUCGUCCAGCUCCAAGAUCUGGAGAGCAUCUACCUUCAGGACAGCCUUCCCAGUGGCCCCUCACAGGAUGACAGCCUUCAGGCCUUCUCCUCGCCCAGCCCCUGCCCUGACAGCUGUCCCUCACCUGAGGAGCCCCCCAGCACCACUGGCAUCCCACAGCCCCCCAGCCCAGAGCUGCAGCAUCGGCGGCGGCUGCCCGGGGCCCAAGGACCCGAGGGUGGGACCCACCUGCCAGGCUCCCUCCCCUCCAUGGACAGCGGCUCCCUCUGGGAGGAGGACGAGGUGUUCUAUAACUGAGGCGGGGGCUGUGCUGGUCCAGCACCUGCUCUCACCAUGACCUCGCCUGGUGGGCAGCCCAGGCAUAUCUGGACCCCGGGGUCCAGGGCAGGGCAUCCCUUGACCCCUCGGGUAGGCACAGGGUAGGUGCGGCAGGGAUGGGGCCAGCGCUCAUGGUGGCCUCUCUGUGCCUCGGUGGACCUGCCCCAGCAGUGGGAGCAAUAACCCCCUCCCCCUUCAUUACUUCACUCAGGUGGGCACCUUCCCCUGCAGGGUGUCUGCCCUCAGGGAACUCAAGGACUCUCAGAGACACCAGGGCAGCCUGGCCCAGGGGAGCAACAGCCAGGCCCCCAGGAGGACAGCCAUGGAGAGAACUGAGACCCACUUACAGUGGGGUCUGGGAACCCUGCCUGUACCUGGGGUUCAGUCCCUCCUCACUCUCUCUGUGUGUCUGCCCACCAGCAAAGGUGGGGUGACCACUUCUGGUAGCUAAGCACCUGCUCCCCGGCUCUCCUCACCCAGGACAUCUGUCUCUCUGGAGUGUCUGUCUGUCUGUCCCUCCCUCUCUGAACCUGCUUCCUCCGUGUCCCCUGCUCCUCACCCCUGGGAGCCCACUUCCCCUCCUUGCAGCUCCCUCCCAUCUCACUCAAGGUUCUCUGAGGACAUUAAAGUGGUGGAUUCACCCUGGAUGACCUUGGCCUGGUCUCUGCUGGGGAAGAUGUGACCUUGGG